AUGAUCUUCCACACAGGACCAACGAAGCCUGCCCUGGUGGUGCUCUGUUGUAUAGGAACCUGUCUGGCCAUCUGCAGUUCAGCCUUUGGUGCACCAACCGCAAAGAUGAUCAUAACUAUACUUAAACACUUGAAAGAGGACUCGAAGGAGCUUUAUGAAAACUAUAGCAACUGCCAGGCGGCUGGGAUAAAAACAGACGAGUCUCUCCAGCUGCCAUGUUUCACCCUGGGCUGUGAAGCGUCAAGCAACAUCUCAACCAUCAAAGCCUAUCUGGAGGAGGUCGAAACGCUGAACCAGAACACAAUAAACACUGCUCAUGUCAGAAAACGGCUCGAUGACAUCAGGUGUGGCAACAUCAGGUGUCCCAACCCACCGAAACCAAGCAUUUCGGGGCCUGAAGACCCCUAUGAACGUAAAAUCUUUACACUGACUGUCUUUAAGAGGCUCUCCGACUGCAUGGCAGAACUGAAGGCUAAGGAUAGGAUAUGCUGA